UCAUCUCCAGAAAAGAAAAACCCAAUCCCUUCAAAAUUUCCUUCUGUUUUUAUUGAUAUAUCUAUCUAUCUAUAUAUUUUUUUCAUUCAUAAGUUUGAAGGGAUGAGUUUCUUGAGUAUGAUGGAAUCAAAAUUGCCUCCUGGAUUUAGAUUCCACCCAAGGGAUGAAGAACUUGUUUGUGAUUACUUGGCAAAAAAAAUUGCAACUGAAACUCAAGAUGGUGGUUUUCAUAGUUGUCCGAUGAUGAUUGAUAUUGAUCUUAACAAGUGUGAGCCAUGGGAUCUUCCGGACAUGGCAUGCGUGGGAGGGAAAGAAUGGUAUUUUUUUAGCUUGCGAGAUAAAAAAUACUCAACAGGACAUAGGACGAAUAGGGCAACCCAAUCAGGAUAUUGGAAGGCUACCGGAAAAGAUCGGCAAAUAGUGCGAAAAGGAAAGCUGGUGGGGAUGAGAAAAACAUUAGUGUUUUAUCAAGGCAGAGCCCCGAAGGGAAGAAAAACCGAUUGGGUUAUGCAUGAGUUCAGAAUGGAAGGAGAAAUCACACAACUACCAAAAUGUUAUAGCAAGGACGAUUGGGUUCUAUGUAGAGUGUUCUACAAAAGCAGAGGGAUGGCUUUCAACAAACAAGGAGGAGGAGGAGGAGUAGGAGGAGUGUUAAUGGAACCAUGCUUUGAUGAAACAAGCUCAAGUAGUACACUCCCAACCCUAGUUGACAACUUCAUCACCUUUGACCAACAAUCUCCAUUAAUGGUCUUUGGAGGGUGUGACCAAGUGCCCUGCUUCUCCACCCCUCCAUUUCCAAACCUUGCAACUACUCCUACUCACACUCCAUCCAUGGCUCAUGAGUCUUGUGAAGACAAGAAGGUAAUUAAGGUUGUGCUUAACCACCUUACAAAGACUUCAAUCUUGGGAGAUGGAUACUUGUCUGAAAGUGGCCUCUCUUCUAUGUGGAAUUCCUACUGAAAUAUAUAUGUAUAUAUAUAUAUAUACUUGUUUGCAUAUAUGCCAUUAUUAAAUUUUAAACAUAUGUAUAUUUUAUGUGUAUUAAUCUUCUUUUCUCUUUAUUUGUAGCCAAAGAUUGAGUUGAACUUAAUUGUACAUACACAAAUUAUUUAAUGGAUUGAAUUCUUCCUUUGUUGCA